UGCAGCUAGCUGAAUUCUACCUAGGACAGGGAAAUGAUUCCCAAACAUUACCCAAAACCCCACUUGGACCAUAUCCCUGAUCAUCCACUCCACUCUGAUUUGGUUACAAGAUUAAAGAAAGCACUGGAAGCUGGGGAUAAAGAGGCCGUGGCAGAUAUCCUCCGCGCUGAAGUCAAGCAUGUGGACGCCACCAUAGAACUCUCCAACGAUGACUGGAUGAAAUCCCCCACAGCUCAGCUGCACCCUCUGGUGUUAGUAGGAGAUCUGAAGAAGCUCAAAGCCAUGAUAGAUCAGUACUACGAAGAUGUCAACAUGACCUUUGAGAUCAAUAAAAACGAGAUGGAGUGGCAGGUGAAAAGCCAGGCUGCCUUUGGAUUGUCAGGCCUGUGGUCUCUAGAAUACAAGCGGGAACUCACCAAUCCCCUCUGCAUCUCAGCCAGCCUGGGCCAUACCGCCUGCCUUCGUCACCUGCUGUUCUGGCGAGCAGACCCCAAUGCUGCCCCAGGGGGGCAGGGGGCACUGCACGAAGCCUGCAAAGGAGGACACGUUGACUGUGUGGAGCUUCUGCUGGAACACAAAGCCAACCCCAACAUUCUGAACGACGAUGGUCAAGUGCCUUUGCACCUCUGCACCAGCCACAACUCUUUGGGGUGUGCAAAAGCUCUGGUGACCUUUGGCGCCUUGGUCAACCAGCCCAGUGAAGAGACUCAGGAAACUCCUCUUCAUACUGCAGCGAAGCAUGGCCUGUAUGAGCACACCCACCUAUAUCUCAGGAAUGAUGCUACGGUGGAUGCAAGGAACAGUCUGGGGGAGACAGCACUCGGCGUCACCUGCAGAGAAGCGAAGGAAAGGGAGACCCAAGAAAGCUAUUUGCAGGUUUGUCGACUGCUGCUUUCGCACAGAGCUGAAGUGAAUUCUGUGGAUGAGGAAAUGAAGACCCCGCUUCACAAGGCCUGCAAGAAUGCCCAUCACGACUUGGUUCUGCUCCUACUGCAAAAGCAAGCAGACGUCAACGCCCUGGACUACAAUGGGGCGUCACCGCUCUCCUGCGUCCUCCAGACAGCAGCUUUCAAGCAAGAGCUGAGACCACACCGCACAGUGCAGACUCUGCUGAACCACGGCUCCCCAAAAAUAUGGCCGACGGCUUUCAUCAAGGUGCUGAAAUCUUGCGCCUCCGUGCCAGAGAUCAUUGAAAUCCUUUGCAAUUCCUACCCUCAUCUGCCCAUCUCUGAGAAGUGGGUUGAAGCUAUUCCUAAGGAAGAUUUUCAGAGAUAUCAGCCUUUCUACGAAUCCCUCUUCCGUCAGAUGUACACAGUGCGGACCCUGCAACAUCUGUGUCGCUGCACCAUCAGACGAAGGCUUGGCGGGAGAUGCCAUUGUCUCAUUCCCUUGCUCUCUGUGCCCCAGUCCUUGCGAAACUACCUUCUGCUGGAACCAGAGGGAGUCCUUCUCUGAAGGUCCUUCUGCAGUCCUCCUCCAAAUCUCAGUACUGUGUCCUUUUGCUGACUCGUCUCCAUUGAUGUACAACAGACCUCGCUGCUUGUCUGCCCAUGGUUUCCACUUCUGCUAUAAAUAAAAUGCUUUCUGCGUUCAUACAAGGGUAUGGCCUUACAGAGAGUCAAAGCUUUUCUUUUUAUGAUAUGGCUUUUCUGUGUACAUUUUACUUUGCAGCCGCACUGGUUUGUUGCUUAUUGCUUCAUAGAUUUCUUCUUCAGUGAUCUAUUAGUACAAUAUAAACAGCAUAGGGCAUGAAUAGUAAGGGGUUGGGAGCAUUUCAGAAUAAAGCAUUUGCUGUUGAUAUGUUGGUCUCUGGUAAAAGGUCAGUGAUUAUUGAGUUCAUAAACUGUUUAGAAUUGGAUUGUAAAGGGCUAAUAAAGUGGG